ACCGCCAUCAUGAGUAGCUUAGAACGCGGGAUAGUUGUUGUUAUUAAAAACUUAUCUUUAUUCAUUGGUUAUCUAAUAGUGAUUCCAUUGAUUGGGAGACCAGUAAUGAUAUGGAUGGUGAAAAACACGCCAGAAGGAAGACCCGUUAAUAAGUUAUACAUACACGCUAUUGUGGUUUCAUUUUUCAUGUUAGGUAUGUUAGCGGGAAUAUUCAAUCAACCGUUUUUGGCGGGAGCAGUUGUAUUGGGCCUUGCUGUUCCUGAAGGCCCACCUUUAGGGUCAGAGUUGGUUAACCAAUUUGAGUUGUUCGCCACAUGGUUUCUUACUCCAAUAUUUGUAACUUGUUGUGUAAUGAAAGUGGAUCUCACCAUAUGUGGGCCCCCAACCCUUAUUAUUGUGGUGUCUGGGUUCAUCAUUAUGGUGCAUUUGAUUAAGCUAUUGCAAUGCGUGACUAUUUGCCGUUAUUGCAACAUGCCCCGAAAUGAUGGUCUUUGCCUUGCCCUCAUUUUGAGCUGCAAAGGUGUCGUUGAUACCUGCUCCUUUAUUCUUGUCUACGACGGACUGAGACAAUCUCAACAAGCAAUUGGAGUUAUGGUAAUAUCAACCCUAAUCUUGGCAACAAUCUCAAGAACAGGUGUGAAGUUAUUAUAUGACCCAUCAAGAAAAUACGCAGGCUACCAAAAAAGGAACAUAAUGAAUCUAAAAAAGAACUCAGAGCUGCGUCUGGUAGCAUGUGUGCACAAACCAAACCACAUGAUCCACAUAAAAGAUUUUCUCGACCUCUGUUCUCCCGCAACUGACAACACACUCAUUGCUGACGUGGUACAUGUGAUGGAGUUAGUUGGAAGAACCACUCCCAUUUUCAUCUCACAUCGUCUCCAACAAAAAGUGGGGUCCACACAUAACUACUCGGGAGAAUUAGUUGUUACCUUCGACCUUUUCGAGCGCGACUAUGCUGGUACAGCAACAGCUAACACUUACACAGCAAUAUCUCCAACAACAUUUAUGCACGAAGAUGUUUGUUACCUUGCAUUAGACAAAAAUGCAGCUAUUAUAAUUCUUCCGUUUCAUGUAAGAUGGACAAAAGAUGGUUUAAUUGAAUCAAAUGACAACAAUAUAAGAUCAUUGAAUUCCAAGGUUUUAGAUAAAGCACCUUGUUCAAUUGGGAUUUUGGUUAAUCGUGACAGCACCACUAAUUUUGCACAUCCUUCAAAUGGUUGUAAAGUAGCCAUGAUUUUCCUCGGUGGGCCCGACGAUAGAGAAGCUUUGUGUUUGGCUAAAAGGUUUGCUAAAAAUUUAGAUAACACUUUGUUUGUGUAUCGCUUACUUUCAAAUGAUCAUGAUUCAACGGGAUGGGAGCACAUGAUUGAUGAUGAGGAGCUAAGGGAAGUGCGUGGAGCUUAUGUUAAACUUGAAAAUGUCAAGUAUGAGGAAAAAACUAUAGAGGAUGCAUCUGAAACAACAACUUUCCUAAGGGAAAUAGCAAAUAAAUUUGAUUUUAUUGUAGUUGGGAGACGUAACGGGGUUAAAUCUUCGCAAACACUUGGGUUAGAAAACUGGACUGAAUAUUCUGAAUUAGGGGUGAUUGGUGAUUUGCUUGCUUCGCGGGAUAUGGAAACUAAAGCUUCAAUUUUAGUUGUGCAACAACAACUAACGACGUCUUUGCCGUCCACGUAACUAACUUUUUGGAAUAUUAAUUUUGUAAUUUUUUGGCUUGUGAUGUUUCAGGCUUUUAUCUAUUUUAAUUUUAGGUUCUAAUGUUCUAGCUCUUUUAAAAAAAAAGCACUGUUAUAACAUGGUGAGUGUGUCUAAGGUCAAAACCUGUUUUCCCUAUUUUGGGAAGCAAACUUUGUAUCAUGUCACAAAAUGUAAUUUCAUUUUUUCUCA